GUCUCACCACCCCACGCCGCCCCUUCCUCUUCCUCUCCUCUGCCUCGCUUUAGCUUAGCCGCCGCCGCCGCCACUACGCGCUCUCGCGGUCCGUGUUGUCGCCUCGAUCUGCCCACGAUGGCGUCCCGCGCCGCAGCGCUGCUCGUGGCCGUGGCCGUGGCGGCAGUGCUGUUCGCCGCGGCGUCGGCGCAGGAGACGGACCUGGGAGUGCCGCCCGCGCCGGCGCCCGUCACGGGCGCGGCAGCGGGGGCCGCGGCGUCGGCCCUGGAUGUGGCUUGCUCUGUCGUCUUAUCCGUCCUCGUCGCCGGUGGCCUCAUGCAGUAGGCGCUGCCGUGGACGUGCCGGUUCGCUGCUGAACCGGGGUUGGGUUGGACCCUGUUCGUUUUCGUCUUAGCUAGCACUAGAAGUAGCGGUGAUGGGGUGUGUGUGGUUGUGUCCCUGUCCCUGGUGGCCGUUGCGAUCUGUGGGCGUGUUCGGCUGGCUGCAAGCCGACACUGUUGCAGCUGUUUGGAUUGCUGCAGCUGCAAUCCAUAGAGAGAAAAAUACUGUAGAAGCCGCAGCCGCAGCCGGAUUGCAGCCGCAGCAAGCCGCAGCGAACAAGCUGUGUGUGUGCUAUUAUCGCUUAUUCUUUUGUACCAUAUACGUACCCACAUACUGCAUUGUUCGUAUGUAUACCUUGUGUGGAGAGGCGCCUGUUCUAUGAA